AUGGCAGCCGCCGGCCCUCUGUCGUCGUGGACGGGGCAGCCGCGCAUCCGCGGGCACAGCGAGUCGAUGCGCCUCUUCCUGCUCACGCUCUCGCUCAUCGGGCUGCAAUUCUGCUGGGGCACGGAACAGACGUAUGCGACACCAUAUCUACUGGCGUUGGGGUUGAGUAAGAGGAAGAUGAGUCUGGUGUGGCUUGCGGGGCCGCUUUCGGGGUUGAUCAUGCAGCCGAUCAUCGGGAUGAUCAGUGAUAAGAGCACGUCGAGGUUUGGGCGACGGAGGCCGUUUAUGGUGGGGGGCACGCUUGCGGUUGCGAUGUGUUUGUUGGUGUUGGGGUGGGCGAAGGAGAUUGUUGGGUGGUGGAUACCGGAGCAGGGGGAGAGGGUAGGGUCUUUUAUUUGUGUUUCUUCUUGUUUGGAGAAGAGGUUUGGAAGAGAUUUGAGGCUGACUUUUGGGAGUAGAGGAGAGAGUGGACAAUUGCGCUGGUUGUUGGGGAUAUCUAUGUGCUGGACUUUGUGAUCAAUAUUGGUAGGUUGGGUUGGAGUCAAGGAGAGAGGUCAUGAGAGAUGAAAUGGGGCUGACGAAAGAGCAGCGCAGGCCACAUGUCGAGCACUGGUAGUGGACGCUCUUCCCAUAUCACAGCAGCAGAUAGGAGCAGCUUGGGUCACUCGUAUGGUAGGAGUGGGACACAUGCUGGUCUUUGGCUUCGGCGCAAUGGACUUGUCGUUUGUGCCAAGUGUAUUCGGUGACACGCAGUUCAAGAAGGUCUGCUCUGUCGCUGCACUGGUCAUGGUGAUUACCCAAUUCACAACGUGCUGGGCAGUGACCGAGCGGGUGCUGGUUUCCGAUGGGUACGUGCAGACCUCGGGUGCAACGAAAUUUGGGAGUUGGGACUUACGUUCUGCAUCUAGUAGUAAACCUACAGGCGCCGACCAAAGCCUCUGGACCACCAUCCAACAAAUCUACCAACGAGCACUCUACGUCCCCGAACGCAUACAGGCCAUCUGCACUGUCCAAUUCUGGUCAUGGAUCGGCUGGUUUCCCCUCAUGUUCGUAGCACAUCCAUACCCCACAAACGCCAGCUCGAAUAGAUUGCACUGACCCGAUGCGAUUCUCGCAUUACAGGUUCUACGGCAGCACCUGGGUCGGCGAAAUCUACCUCCGCAACGAAGCGCCCUCCGCCGCGUCCGACGACGCCCUCACGGAAGUCGGCCGCAUCGGAAGCAUGGGCCUCAUCAUCCACUCCACCGUCGGAUGCUUCACAGCCAUUGUGCUUCCGUGGCUCGUGACCAGCCCCGGGGAAGAGGAACAGCCAGGUUAUACGCCUCGCCCGCCCGAGAAGCUGAAAUCCGUCGUUGACUUUACCAAAGGCAUCACUUCUAGGAAACCUUCGUUGCUCAAUGUCUGGACGAUGGGAUGCGGGAUAUUUGCGGCUUGUAUGGUUUUCGCGCCUGUGGUGCAGAGUGUGAGGUUUGCGAUUUUCCUGAUGGCUCUGACGGGGGUUCCGAGUGCGAUUGCAGGGCUGGCGGUGGGGACGUUCAUUGGGGUGGAGGUGAAUAAACUGGGAGGGGGAGGGUCUUCUCCCCUUCCUCUGUCGUCCUGUGGUGGUGGAGGUGGUGGACAUCGCUUCUCGGAUGAAUACGAAAUGGGUGGACACAACAACAACACCAACAAUACGCUUCACCUCCGACACUCGUCGACUUCUUCCGCCGGGAGCUCUUCCACCGGCGAGCUGAGCGGAAUUUACCUGGGUAUUCUGAACAUCUACACGACCUUGCCGCAGUUUGUGGGGACGGGGAUCAGCUGGGUGGUCUUCUCCAUCUUGGAACCGGGCAAGAGUCCUGAAUUGGCAGAUGAGGCGCAUCCGGACGAACAUCAUUCGACGGAAGGGGUGAGUGGGAUUGGGGUUUGUUUGUUUAUUGGGGCUCUGUGUUCCGUUGCUGCCGCGAGGGCUACUAGACGACUGAGAUAA